AUGCCGCGCCUGGAGGCGGCGGGGGAAGGCCUGGGCGCGCAGCUCGCGGAGGCGCUGCUGGCCGCGAAGUUGGAGGACUUGCAGCGGCAAGGCGUGAAAGCGCUGCCUUUGUCGGUCAGCAGCUGCUGCUUGCAGCUCUUCCCCGAGCUGCCGGCGGCAUUCGCCGUUGUCAACAUCGCCACUUGCUACAACUUCUCGAACCUUUCUAGCGUGGAGCUGGACGUGGCCAACGCCCAGCAGUUCCUGGAGCAGCUGGGCCCCGGGAAGCGGCCGCUGUGGGCGGUGCCUGUGCUGCUCAGGCCAAAGACUGCUGGGCUGGUCAUGGAUCCGGCGCCAGUGUUCACCGCCGCGUUCCGGGAGAGCGGCUCUGUGCGGGCCCACCUGGCGAAGGCUUGCCCUUUGACGGAGCUGAAACACUGGUCUUUGAGCAACUCCCGGAAUGAGCAGGUGACCUUUCUCAAUGUGGAUGCCGAGUGCUGUGCGGUGCCCGGCGAUCCCAGCGGCGAGGCGCGGGCGCCGCCUCGCCGCCGCGGCGCCGGACCGGCGCCGGGACCGCGGCGCCUGGCGAGCGGCGGGCGGCAGAGGCGGCGGCGGAGCUGCUGA